AUGGCCUUCGGUGUGGACGAUCACACAAGUACCCCAGCGAAAACGGGAUCGGAAAAGACUCCACUUCGUGAAAUUGACCCUGUGCUUGUUCUGUCUUGCUCAGCUGCGGAUGUGGUCCCGGCGCUGUGUAGAGUCAACCAGAUACACCACGCCGAUGAAACUUCCUAUGUCAGAAUGCUUAGAGAAGAGGCAGAAAUGGAUAUGCGUUUCAGUAUCACAGUUGGCGCGGCUAACUGGGCACUGCUGGCCGGCUAUCUAGUCAUUCCCGGCACAUUCACUUCGCUACAGACCUCAAACCAGGUUGAAAAGACGUUGCAAGCCAACGAGGCCGGUCGUACAGUUCUACAUAUGAUCCAGAACCCCCCGUUCCUCGCUAUUGCGUGCUUGCUUUUUGCUAGUGGAAUUGCGGCUCUCAUGUGGCUGAUGCAUUUCCCAAAUCUCAGGGGAAACUACCCCUGGCUAAUCAACAAAGUUUUUUUACCCCUAUGCCUGCAUGCUGCUGCUGGGCUGCUGACCACUGUCAUCAAUGUUUGUACAUCUCAAGGUGGGGAUUGGUCGGUGAUGGCUAUCAUAACAACUGCUGUUACUGGAGCAACUCUCCUGAGCUGUUCAGCACUUCUUGCACUCUACAAGUUCUACAAGCUGGAGCGGGUCAGGAAAGAAGAUGAGGAUAUCCGGCGUUCUCGAGGAUCCACCGCUCUUGAUACGUGA